UACAUUGACUUCACUUCUCCUCAUCGAUCCCUUGUUUCGCUCUCUGGCGAUCCCAAACAAUUCCAGUGAAACGAAAAGCCUUCAAGAAAUGAUGGAGUUCAUGAGUCUAUUGUUGUCCGAGGUCCCAUUAAUCCCCGCAGUUUGAGAUGGAUGAAGACGGCGCCAAUGGCGUCCCUACACUUUCAAUUAUUCCUUAUGAUACCAAUCGAGAUGUCGUGCUUCGACACGCUGACACGAUCGUCUACCGUGAUCCGCAGACGAAUCAAUUGGUUCCUUUCCACCAUGACCGAGCAGUAGAACGACGGCCAUCCGAUUGCCCAACAUGUGGGCGGCCAUGGCAUUCUCAGGGAGGACCUUCCACGCAGGACUCGACCAGCAGCCCACUGGAGGAGCAGCCAAGUUUCAUCACCCAUGACUACUUUGAUAUGCUUGCCCGGAGUCUUCCGGGCUCAAACGAAACAUCUGCACCGCCUUCUCCUCGGCGGCGCAUAGUACAGCCGCUACGCUCACGACUUAGCGCAUCAUCUCCUGCUGUAUCAACACCGCCUCCAGACGCAGAAUUCGUGGCAAGCGCACCUGCCCCUCCAUCACUAGCUCACGGGAUUUCCGAGACGGCAUUUUCCCCAAACUACUUUGAGAGGUUCUUUGUCGAGGAGCGAGAACUCGGAAGGGGUGGGAGAGGUGUCGUGCUCUUGGUCAAGCAUGUUCUAGAUGGCGUUAACCUUGGUUACUUCGCAUGCAAACGAGUCCCGAUCGGGGACGAUCAUGGCUGGUUGGAGAAGGUUCUCGUGGAGGUUCAGUUACUGCAAGGCUUGUCCCAUCAGAACCUCGUUUCGUACAGACACGUCUGGCUUGAGGACUAUCAAAUCAGCACCUUUGGACCAAGUGUACCUUGUGCAUUCAUCCUUCAGCAGUACUGCAACGGAGGUGACAUGCAUAAUUAUGUCCUAGGAUCCGCCCAGGCGACCACCACAACGCAGGAGCUCAAGGAACGGAUUCGUCGACGAUCAAAAGGAGAAUCUGAAUUACCUCCGCGACCCAAUGAACCGAAAAGACUGCCAUUUGACGAGAUCUACAACUUCUUCAGGGAUAUCACUUCAGGCUUGAGGUUUCUCCACCACAGCGGUUUCAUCCAUCGAGACCUGAAGCCCAGCAAUUGCUUGCUCCACACCGCGGGUGGUGAAACAAGAGUUCUCGUCAGCGAUUUCGGCGAAGUACAGUAUGAGUAUGCAACCAGGAAAUCAACCGGUGCGACCGGCACGAUAUCUUACUGUGCCCCGGAAGUGUUGCGGAGAAUCUCGCCGACAGGACCGUUCCAGAACUUCACAUCCAAGUCCGAUAUAUUCUCCUUGGGGAUGAUCUUACAUUUCUUAUGCUUCGCCACUCUUCCUUACAACUACGCCAAUGUCUUGCACGAGGAGCGCGAGGAUAUCGACCAACUCCGAGCCGAGAUCAUGGCCUGGGAAGGGUUCGAUGAUCAGCGCAAGGCACGUCCUGAACUUCCAGCUGCACUCUACACAUUCCUCAAGCGACUGCUCUCCCUCGACCCCGAGCAGCGACCAAGUGCAGAUGAUGUUCUUCAGGUUGUCCAGUCCGGCCGACUCGACGACAUUCCUGCGGCACGACGCCGCGGCUCCAUGGAACCAGAAGAACUUACGCCGGGCCGACGGAUUCAAAAGCUCGACACUCCACAAAAAGGCAAUUCACCACAACGAGGCCUGCAUGAUCUCGGUCCUAAAUCUCCUCGCGCACGCUUUAGACAGAACAGAUCCGUCUCUCCCGAACACAAAAUGAAAGCCGAAGCGAGCGCCAACGCCGGCACGACGUCUCCUGUACGUUCGCAAUUGCUGCUUGAACCUGCGCAAGAAUCCGAACAGCGUGGUGUGGUGACGUUGAGCAACCGAAUCUACGUCUUGUUGAAUCAGCCGUUAACAACGCCCUCGACGCGGUUGUUAAUGCUCGGACUGAAAUUGCUCAGUACAUUACAGCCGUGCAUGUCGUACGGGAUGAAUGCGACGCUGGUUUACCCGCUGAUAUGUCUUGCAUUGCUGGAGUUUGCGGUGCCUAAUAUUCGCAUCUUGACGGCUACCGCGAUGAUGCUGGUGCACUUCGGAGUGCUUGUGGUGGCCAUGAGGAUGGAUAGAUUGUGUCGUCGGCUCUGAGGAAAAGAGAUCAUUGAUCACCUAGGUAGUACAUUAUUGAUGCAUGGUCUUCUUUUGAUAUGGUUUAAUAUCUCGUGUGUACGAACGUAACUUCACACUUGAGCCCGUGGUUAUAUGUGAACAGCCAGAAAAGAACACCACGCUGAGUCGUGGAUUGGGCAAUGCAUUGCGACGAAGAUAUUAAUUCUGAAUACGGAGUAUACCACCUCAUUUUUGGC